AUGCAGUUAAUCGUGAUCGUGUACCUUUUAUCUCUUUGUGGUUUCUUCGACUUUGCAGCGGCUGGAAUACUCGAUCUUCCACAAAGAGUCUUCAAGAUGAUGGAAACUAACAAGGAACAGUCAAACAGCACAUAUACUUUUUCUCAAGACAAUCUUAAUAUGUUACAGAGGAUAAGAAAAGCAGGUUAUCCUGCUGAGGCUCACGUGAUACAGACGGAGGAUGGCUAUCUCUUAACACUUUAUCGUAUCCCAAAUAAAAAUGGUUCACCCGUGCUGUUGCAACAUGGUCUUUUAUGUAGUUUUAUUGAUUUUCUUAUUCCCGGCAAGGAUAAAGGACUUGCUUUCGUAUUAGCCAAUCAUGGAUACGACGUUUGGAUGGGCAAUUUUCGUGGGAAUACUCACUCGAAGGCACAUAUUUCUUUAUCUUCAUCAGAUUCAAAAUUUUGGAAUUUUAGCUUUCAUGAAAUGGGCGUUUACGAUCUACCCGCGAUGAUCUUAUAUAUUACGAAUAUAACAUCGCAACCAUUGCACACAUACAUCGGUCAUUCAAUGGGCACAACAGCUUCUUACGUGAUGGCAGCGGAACGUCCGGAAAUCGCUCAAAUGGUGCGAUUAAUAAUCAGUCUCGCGCCUACAGCUUUUUUGAAUCAUAUAAAAAGUCCUAUACGGUUUCUCACUCCUUUCGCGGAAAAUAUUGAGGGGCUCUUGUAUUUUCUUGGCGAAGACGAGUUUCUGCCACACAGCUUUAUAAUACAAUUAAUGGGCAAGCUCGUCUGCGACAUGACAUUUAUUCAAGAAAAAAUUUGCACCAAUUUGCUGUUUCUGAUCUUAGGUUUUGACAGAGAGCAGUUCAAUAUUAACUUAAUGCCUUCAAUUUUAAGUAACUAUCCAGCUGGUACUUCGACCAAAACAUUAGUGCACUUUGCUCAGGGACAUAAUUCGGGCAAAUUUCGCCAAUACGAUUACGGUUGCACAAAAAAUCUACAAAUUUACAACACACCUGAACCGCCGGAUUACAAUCUCGCGAACAUCACCACACCCUUUGCGAUGGUCUACGCCGAAAAUGAUUGGUUGUCUAGCAUUCCGGAUGUGAAGAGGCUCAUCAGUUUGUUACCUAAUGUUGUGGACGAAUAUAAAGUGCCAUUUCCUGAUUUCAACCAUUUGGAUUUCUUAUGGGCUGUAGACGCACCUCAACUUGUGUACAAUAAAGUGCUAGGGAUCAUGAAAAUGGAUAUACAUUGACGAUCAAAAAACUACAAUUGUAAA